AUGACACGACCCAAAGCACGCAGUACUAACCUCACACACGAGCAAAAGCGUCUCAUUUGUCUCCACGCACGGCAAUUCCCCAAAACUACUCAGACACAAUUGGGUCUAUGGGCUAAGGAGCAAUUUAAUCUCGACUAUGUGCCAUCACAGGCCGCCAUGAGCUACAUGCUCAAAAAACGCACGCAGUUUGAACUCGUGUCCGGCGAAGGUCGUGACUAUAAGAAGUUGCGUACUGUCAAGUGUCCUGAGGUUGAUUCUGCACUUGCCAAUUGGUUCCUCUACUGCCAAGCCAGAAGACUGAAGUUACCUGGUGACCUUGUGCGUCAUAAAGCACGAGUCUUUUAUGAGCUGCUGGCCCCACAACUACCCGAGAGCGUUACGUGCUCUCCGCCGCAGUUUUCCAAUGGCUGGAUGCAUUCUUUUAUGGGAAGACAUGGAUUUUCUUUAGGAGGAGGUAAAGGUAGUAAAGGACGAACGUCACGUGUAGCACAUGAAGAAGUGGACGGCAAACCGAAAUUUGCGCCAGAAACAUCGGUGAUCUCGACACCAAACCAUAUCAAGGCAGCAGUAGCGGGUGUAUCACCGGACAAUGUCUAUUGGCUGCAUGAGACGCGGCUAUUCUACGCUAUGAGUCCUGAUAGACAGGCAUUACCGUCCAAUCACCAUCCGGAAAAAAAGUUGACGAUGCUGUUGGCACUUAAUGCUGACGGUAGUGAUAGACUUAACCCUUUUUUUGUGGGACCUCACCCGUUGCCGAUAAAGUCUAGUGAAAAGGUAGAUGAACGGCCGUACCAAUUUGCCUGUAAUCACAAGGCCUGGAUGCCCCCAACGAUGCUACGAGACUGGCUCAUGGCGCUUGAUUGGCGCAUGCGUGUUACUAACCGCAAAAUUGUUCUCAUUGUUGACUCGGUGGCUGCCAUGUGCGUGCAAAAGGUUUCGUUGUCGAAUGUAACGAUGCAUUUUGUAGAACGCAACCACGCUGGAGAGCUCUGCGUCCGAGCUCUAGAAAUGGGCGUUGUGGCUGCCGUUAAGCGCCGUUACCGCCACCAACUCUUGGACUAUGCGCUUGAUCGACGAGAUGAAGGCCAGCUUGAUAUUUAUGAUGUUCCACUGCAAAAGGUAGUAGAGUGGGUAGCACAAGGUUGGCAGCAAAUUCCGCGGACUCGCAUAAUGGCUAGCUUCGCACACGUAGGCGUGAUGGUUAUUUCUGAAUCAGGAAGUUCCAUUGCGUUAGACGACCGUAUCGAUGAAAAGCUGGAUGCACAAAUUCAAGUGCUGCUGAAGCGGCUAAAACUUGUUAGCCCCAUGCGGCUGAUUGAGGUCGUUGCACCUAGUUCUGAGAAAAUAUCCGAUGAAAGCUUGACAGAUGCAGAUUUUGCCGACUCUGCGCUACAUGCUGCUCAAGGCACUGUAGGUAUACAAUUGAGUUCGGAGGAUUUGACCCGCCAUACCAUGACGCAAGAACCAUCAACAUUGAGUAGCUCGACACCAUUUGACAUGCAGGUAACAUCACCCCGUCCAGCUGCACCCCGCCGCAACACGAAUAGUACCAGCAACUUGAUAAGUGAGUACCCUGAUUUUGACCAAGGAUAUCCUGGUUCACUGGAUGAAACGUGGUUAUCUCGUAUUGCAUGGCAUCGUACUGUGACCGCUCCAGCUCGCCAACCUGUGAGUGAUUUAGAGGCAGUACAAAAGACAAUCCGUUUGGCGACCGAGAUGAACUGUGAUCCAAUCGUAAUGCUGGAGUUAAAUCGAAUUCAGACAGAAGUGGCAAACCGUGAGUCAAGCGCGUCCACUUCAACAACGCUGACUGCGCCAACUACGCGUAAUAAUGCUACUGCUAUCUGUCAAUUCCACUUUGGAGCUCCAACACGUCGUCUACUAUGA